AUGUUCAGUGGCUCCUCGAGCCCACCCAAAGACAAGACAGACGCCGUCUCAUCUCCAGUGCCUGGAAUUGACACUAACGCCUUGAGCAUCAAUCCCGAAAACGCCAGCCCCCGCAACGCCAGCCCCCGCGACAAGAGAUUCACUCCGCCAGGUACUGGAUUUUUCAACCGCCGACAGAGCGAACAGGAAGGCCCAGUGGGUGAUAAGAAGCGCCGCACCAGUACCGUCACCAAGGCGGCAACCUUCUUUAGCAACGCCAAAAACUCGCUGAGUUUGAACGGCACGCGUGAAUCCUUCUCGGUCAUUGCCACCAGUCCAUCGGGCUCCGAAAGCCCCCUCCAAAGGUUGGGUAAGAUGGACCCAGCCCUGAUCGUCCCGCAAGGGUCCUUCAACAACUCCGCUGGAGAAUCAGCCCCAACUCCACGAUCAUCUUUCCGCGUGGGCGUUACGGAAGACCGGAAUCGAAAAUGUCGCCGCACAAUGGAAGAUACACAUGCCUACCUGUACAACUUUCUAGGUACUCCGGCCCCUACAGCGCCUGACAUAAAUGGCAGCGACCCUCCCGGGUCGGCUACCGAGUCGCAAGCGUCGGAGGGGUCAUCAAAUGUGGUAGAAACAGACAACGGCUACUUUUCCAUAUUUGACGGACAUGCUGGCACAUUCGCAGCAGAGUGGUGUGGGAAAAAGCUGCAUUUGAUCCUCGAGGAUAUCAUGCGCAAGAACCCCAACACCCCGGUUCCUGAACUUCUCGACCAGACGUUUACCAGUGUUGACCAGCAGCUGGAAAAGCUCCCUCUCAAGAACAGUGGGUGUACGGCUGUCAUCGCCGUUCUUCGCUGGGAGGACCGUGUACCCAGCUCUCAAUCGGCUACCGGGUCCGCGGCUCUUGCCUCCGCGGCAGCUGCUGGCAGGAACGACGCCAACUCUGAUACUCCGACCCAGGAGGGUCCCUCAAUCUCCAAGUUGCAGCAGAGGGCUCAGCGUCAGCGCGUUUUGUACACCGCCAAUGUUGGCGAUGCUCGCAUUGUAUUAUGUCGCAACGGGAAGGCUCUUCGUUUGUCAUACGAUCACAAGGGCAGCGAUGAGAACGAAGGAAAGAGAAUCGCCAAUGCUGGCGGGCUCAUUCUGAACAACCGCGUUAAUGGCGUGCUUGCAGUCACUCGUGCCCUUGGUGAUGCUUAUCUCAAGGACUUGGUCACCGGGCAUCCGUACACCACCGAGACUGUCAUUCAGCCGGAUGCUGAUGAAUUCAUCAUCCUCGCCUGCGAUGGGCUUUGGGAUGUCUGCAGUGACCAGGAAGCUGUUGAUCUUAUCCGCAACGUACAAGAUGCUCAACAUGCGUCUAAGCUUCUGGUCGACCACGCUCUUGCACGAUUCAGUACCGAUAACCUUUCCUGCAUGGUCAUCCGGCUCGACUCGGCCCGUCUGAAGAGUGUUGUCAACAACAAGACGGAGCCGAUCGGAGUGGAAGGUGAUCCAGCGACGAAUGUGGCUCACGGUAUGACCGAAGCGGACAAGAUCGUGGAGGGAGCACGGAAAAGCAUGGCCCAUGCAGGAAUCACCGAUCCAGAGACAGCCGAGCAAGCUGGAGAGGAAACUCUUCAGAGGAUGGCCAACAAAAGUGAAGCCUCUGAGGCCGAGCUGUUCGCCAACGAGCAUAAUGAUCUCCCAUCGGUGGAUCCUUUGACCUCGACGCAUGCAUCUCAGGAGACCAAGUGA